CUUAUCGAUAAGCAGCCGCUAUCUCCAGUCCAAUGCGUCAUCAGGGUCCAACUUGCUCGCAUCCCCUCGACCACUCGUUUCGUCAUGGACAUGCCCUAAAUUGCUCGACUUAGCCCUUGCAGCUGAAACAUUCUCUUCUACAACCAUAUUAUUCUUUUAUUGCAAGUAUCCAGACAUUCCAUCGUCUUUCCAGAGUCGCCCUGUUUCUAUGUCGAUUUAUCUCACUGGUUAAGUUAUCUCAAGUAGCUUCAAAACAAGCAGGGCACAACCAACACCAAAAAUGUCCGGGUUAUUUACCUACCAUAAUUUCUCACUAUCCGAGACUCCCCCUUUGACAGGCAAAGUCGCCGUCAUCACCGGCGGACAUGCCGGAAUCGGGCGCGAAAUCACCGCGCAGUUGCUCUUGCACGACAUUGCAAAAGUGUACAUCCUUGGCCGAAAGCAAGAGAACUACAGCGACGCUAUUAAGGAGUGGACGACACGGAAGAGUAUCCCUGAAGAAGAAUGCUUGAAGCGAACUGAAUUCUUGACGUGCGACCUGAGCGAUCUUGUGGCUGUGAAAAGCACCGCGUUGGACAUUGUGAAGAAGAUUAGAAGCGACGGGGGGACGGCGAGGCUGGAUAUGCUGUUUGCGAAUGCUGGCGUGCCUACUGUGCCCGAGUAUACUCUUUCGCCGCAAGGCAUUGAAACUAUAUUUGCGGCAAACCACCUCGGUCAUUUUGCAUUGAUUAACAUUUUGCUGCCGCUGCUUGAAACCACGGCAUCGAAAUAUGGCAAUGCUCGUAUUAUUGUUACGACUUCAUCAUUCCAUAUGGGCUGCCAGGAGCUAGAUCUUGCUUUACUUACAUCGCCGACUCGCACCAAGAGUCCUGCCAAUGUCGACAGCUGCUGGAGAUAUGCGAGAAGUAAGCUUGCCAACAUUCUCUUUACACGCCAGCUGGCCAAGCUCUUGAGCAAAAAGAGCGCAGAGAAGGUCUAUGCAAAUUGCUUCUUCCCAGGGAAUAUACCCACGGGAGCAAUGGACACGUGGAAAGACCUGUUUGGAUCUAUUGGAGGUGGGUUGCUGAAAGGGAUGUUCCAAGUAGUUGGUCAGUCGACGGCUGAUGGUGCUGCGACGGGCAUUUUCUUGGCUGCUAGUCCGGAGGUCGAAAGAGCUGGGCUCAAGGGCAAAUAUUUUAUCCCGAUUGCGACCGAAGAUCAGACAAGUAAGCUUGCAGAGAAUAAGGACCUGGCGCAUAAUCUGUGGUACUGGAGUGAUCACCAGACCACCAAGGCGUUGGGUAAAGACUGGCAGGACGUUGCUGUUGAAAUAGAGUAGGGUUUAGCAGACAUAAGAUGAUGAGUUACGAGUUAUGAUAGUGAAGUCUAUAAACAAUGUAAUAGUCCUAGUUGUGAUAUCGUG